GCCAACAGCGUAUAGUACUAGCUUUGAAUUCUGCUCUCUCACAUAGAGAUAUAGCUCCUGGUCAUGGCCCACUUAUCUCAAUCCAGUGUUGGCAAUGAAGAUGGUAUUGUGUUCGACAAGCCCCUCAAUUCAAGAGAUGUACAAUCCAUUGUAAAGGCAGAUAUCGUCCACCCAUUCUCCACUCUUCAUAGCACCGAGCUACCUGAAUCGACACGGGUUUGUGUAGCUUCGCAUGAAAGCACAAGGUAAAACCAAAGAAGCUGAAUCUCCUAUUCGACUGGAUCAGGCGAUAAGCCUAUUCGGUCCUUCAAGCUCCAAGCCACCACCGUUAAGCUCGCAGAUAAACAACAUUGGCGUGGAAAAGGCAUCAACGGUUCCUCAGAAAACUUCCCCAUGCGUAGACAAGGACGAUGCGAAGAGCUAUGGCAAGCUUAAGGAAAAGAGGAAGCCCCCUGGAACGACCGGCAACGAUACUGAUCAAGGACGUCCACUCAAGCGGGCUAGAUCUGAAUGUGCUAGUGCCAAAGAACACGAAGAUUUUUACAUCUUGGAUGCCAAUACUGUCAUCGAGGUUGAUGGGGUGCUGUUCAAGCUUCAUCGUUCGAGGCUAGUCACCAAGUCAUCAUUCUUCGCGCAGCUUCUUCAACAUGACCUCAAAGAUGAUUUUCUCGACAAUGGCGUGCGGGUAGAAAAUGAUGGCAAAGCGACGGUGUACCACCUCGGUAAUAUUACUACGGUGGACGACCUCGUGGCUCUCUUGAAAUUUGAUGAUAACCCAACCGAGUAUCACUUUCAACCUCCCCCAUUCUCAGUUGUCGCCCCUGUUCUCCGUGCUGCGACUGCCUUGCGCUUUGAGACAUAUCGUGUCUGGGCAGCUCGAGUUCUUGGGCAAACAUGUCCAUCCUCCCUGGCGGAUUUGACCCCCGAGCCGAUACAAAAUGCUGUGGAAAUUGUUGCCCUUCCACGCUCAUGUGAAGUAAAUAGCGUUGUGAAGUGUGCUUUGUACGAACUUGCCAGGACUCGUCGGAUUGGUCUGCCGGGGCUCGAACAGAUUGGCCAUGCAGACCAGAAAUGUGUGGAGCUCAUGAGAGAACUGUUGGUUACCACCUGGUCAGAGAUCGCUGUGCGAAUUGGCAUGUCGUCUUGCCAGCACGAUUGUGCGCCAAAGGCCGACGUGUUUUCCCCCAAGAAAAAGAAGAAGUCUUUUGCACCGCAAGAAACACAUUCAUGUUCCUUUAAAUCCGGCAAGCAACAGGCUACUUGGGAUAAAUGUGUCCAUGACUCUGGGCUGUACACAAAAUUUCUGUUCGAUUCAGUGUGCGGUGCCCAGGCAUUGAUCGACAUUCCAUGGGGGGAGGUGGGCUGGUGCUCGGAUUGCAUCCAGUCAAAACGAGCUACGUGGAGAAAGAUACAACAAAAAGUUUGGAGUGACAUGGACAAUUGGAUCCCUAGUAAUGUUUGAUUCUGGAGUAAGAUGGCUUUACACCAUUCCCGAAAAGACAAGACUGUCUGAGAUGCGGUACUCUUGUUUGAUGUUCCGAACCUAGUCACAUCUAUUCUGACUCAUCAGUAAAGGGUUUCACGAACAAUUUUAGGCCUCCUCUGCAACGAUCAUUUGCACGAUUUUACAGCAAUAUGCUUCAUUGUUCCA